GGUAAAUGACAGUUACAGAGAAAGCGGGGACAGAAAAACAUGUAGGGGAAUGAAUGAUGCGCUAGGCCCAGGAGAUGCUGAAACUGUGUAAUAAAGCCAUCACAUCUCAUACCUUUGAGUAUUUAUCUGACAGCUCUCUCCUCGCUCCUUACUUGCUUCCCAUUUUCAGCAUGUUGGACAGCAGUAAUCAGCCUCACUGGAGCACUGAGCUCGCAGGAGAACAGCUACAGCAGAAAGUCUGUCAGUUGCAGGACCAGCUGGAUGCUGAGCUGGAGGAGAAGAGAAAAGUCUUACUUCAGCUGUCCAGAGAGAAAGCUCAAAACAGGGAUCUGCAGCUUGAAGUCACCAAUCUGCUUCAGAAGCAUAAGCAGGAAGUAGAGAUCCUCCAAAAUAAAGAGACAAUUUCCCAGUCUCCUGACAGGCAAUCUGAACCAGCCACUCACCCAGCUCUAUUCCAAGAGACUACUUCAACAGAGCCCUGUGAACCAAAAAACCAAGAAGAAAAGAAACUGUCCCAGAUGUUAAGUGAGUUGCAGGUAUCGCAUGCGGAGACCGUGCUGGAACUAGAAAAGACCAGAGACAUGCUCAUUCUGCAGCGCAAAAUCAACGUGUGCUAUCAGGAGGAACUGGAGGCGAUGAUGACAAAAGCCGAUAAUGAAAAUAAAGAUCACAGAGAAAAAAUGGAGAGGUUGAAUCAACUGCUAGAUCUCAAGAACAAUCGUAUCAAUCAGCUGGAAGGUAUUUUGAGAAGCCAUGGCCUCCCGCUAUCCGGUGAUUUUAACCUCACUGACCCUGUGGGGAACCCCAAUGGAUUUGUUGAGGCACAACUGGAUUGGAAGUCUUUCUACCUACCACCAGAGAGCUUCCUGAAACCAGAAGCUCAGCCUGAGGAGAAAAACACCAAGAACAGUGUAGAGAUAUCAUCUGAAGAGGAAAAGCCUUCAUUUUCUCCCCAGGACCAGAUGGCAUUUGCUGAAAUUCCCAUUGAAGCUGGCCAGUAUCAAGCCAAGCGAAAACCUCCACAGGUAGGAGAAAGAAAGGAAAGGGAACACCAGGUUGCAAGCUACUCGAGAAGAAAACAUGGCAAAAGAACAGGCGUCCAAGGGAAGAACAGAAUGGAAUAUCUUAGUCGUAACAUCUUAACAGGAAAUACACUACAACAGGUGAACUACACUGAAUGGAAGUUCUCAGGGCUUAAGAGCUCCAGAGAUGAUGGUUUAAAAAAUCAGCAAAAGGAAGAGGAAAUGACAUCAUCCCACUCAGCAGUGCUGCAGAAAGAAGCCCUAAAUCCUAUAAAUGAUAAAGAAUCCUGUGAACAGGCUUCUGAAGUCAGUGAAGCACAAACUACAGAUAGUGAUGAAAUAGUGACACCGGUAUCUCUGAAAUGUCCUAAGGCAGGUUCGGAGAAGAUGUGUAUUGAAAUCGUCUCCCUGGCCUUCUACCCAGAGGCCGAAGUGAUGUGUGAUGAAAAUGUAAAGCAGGUGUAUGUAGAGUACAAGUUCUACGGCCUACCCUUGUCAGAGACGGAGACCCCAGUGUCCCUGAGGAAGCCAAGGGCAGGAGAAGAGAUCCACUUUCACUUCAGCAAAGUGAUAGACCUGGACCCACUGGAACAAAAAGGCCGAAGGCAGUUUCUGUUCGCCAUGCUGAAGAAACAAGAUCCAGAGCAAGGACGUUUAAAGUUUACAGUGGUAAGUGAUCCUCUGGACGAUGAAAAGAAAGAAUGUCAAGAAGUAGGAUAUGCGUUUCUGGAACUGUGGCAGAUCAUGCAAUCGGGAAGAGACGGUGUAGAGCAAGAGCUAGAGAUUGUCAGCCCUGGAGACCAGGUCACCCAAAUAGGAAGGCUGAAGGUGUCCCUUCAAGCUGCAGCCGCCCUCCAGGCUAUUUACAAGGAGAUGACAGAAGAUACGUUUUCAUGAUGGAGCAAGUACUAGUCCAUUCUAAACUUUCUGAGGGAACCAUAGUAAAAAGUCUCUUAUAAAGUAACUUGCUAUAC